ACUCCUGCGAAGUGACUCAAAUGACAGAUUCAUCCCCCAAAGUGUCUUUUUAAAAGUGGUCUUUACAGUACUCUUUAAGCCUGCUACUCCGUCACAGUUUAUUGUUUUAGUUCUUUUUUUCUUCAUUUGACACAAUGAGCAUCCCAGUGGUGGACUUCAGCGCUUUCAGCAUCAACGUAGAGGACAUUUCUCCUGCAGAUUUAUACCAGCUGAGCAGCGACAUAAGGGCAGCUUUUACCGAAGUGGGCUUCGUCUUCCUGGACAACACAGGCAUCACUCAGGCGGAGGUGGAUCGUGUCAUGGGCGCUUCCAGGCGGUUCUUCCUACAGCCGGACAACUUCAAAAAGGCCUUCACCAGAAAAACAUUCCCUAUCAGUCCCAUCCAUGGCUGGUUACCCAUAGAGACUGAAAGGGUGAAUCCAGAAACACCAGGAGAUCUAAAAGAGUCGUUCAACAUGACUUCACUACAUCCUGACAUAAAAUGGCCUUCACCUGAGAUUGUGGCGGGAUUCCAGGAGACCCAGAUGGCUUUUUUUGACCGCUGCAAAGAGUUGAGCCUGCGCAUUUUGAAGGUGAUGGCCCACAGUUUGGAUCUGGACCCAGACGUGUUCCUGAGCACUCACCGCCUGAUUGGAACUGAUGACAACAAAACAACUCUGCGUUCUCUUUACUACCCUCCGGUCAACAGAGAGCUGGCCAAGGAGGGUCAGCUGAGAUGUGGAGAGCAUUCUGAUUAUGGAAGCAUCACCUUGUUGUUCCAGAGCUCUGAAGGUCUGCAGGUGCUUGACCGUUCUGGUGAGUUCAUCUCUGCUCCCUGCAUCCCCGGGGCCAUUCUAGUCAACAUUGCAGAUAUGAUGCAACGUUGGACCAGUGACAAAUUUAUCUCUGUGCGCCACAGAGUCUUGCUGCCCCCUGUUGGUGACUCCACUACACGACAGGCUCUGGCUUUCUUCGUCAUGCCUGAUGACGAGACGGUCAUCACCUGCACUGACGGAUCGGACAAGUACCCCCCAGUGAAGCUUAGCGCCUACCUGGCUGAGCGUUUAAACUACAUCUACACGGACGAUUAGUGAUAACGCUUCUCAAAUUGGACUGCCAAGUGAUGAUUUUGGAGAUGAUUCAAACACACGUCUUACAACUUGCAGGCUCACUCACUUUAUUCACAUCAUGUGGUGGAAUGUAUGACAGGAAGCCAACAUUCAAGUUUAGACAUCAGAAAUACACACUCAUCGCAAAUAUUGUUAAUAAAGUACAUAAAGAGUGAUGUGGUUGUCAUGACAACAGCGGUAGAAAUAUUUUUAAUUCCACUUUAGGGAAACGUAAACGCCUGACCAAAGCCAGAUGGAAGCUGAAUUAAAAGAUGUAUAGUUUGGCAUAUGCAAAUGAACUUUUACAGUAAAUAAACCUGACAAAAUAAA